AUGAAGUACAGUCUCGCCGCCCUCCUCGCUGUCGCCAGCACGGCCAGCGCACACUACACGCUCCCCGAACUCACCGUCAAGGGUGUAAAGACCGGCCAAUGGGCCUACGUCCGCAAGACAUCAAACUACCAAUCCAACGGCCCCGUCACAGACGUAACAUCAAACGCCAUCCGCUGCUACGAGCUCUCCCCGGGCACCGGAUCAAAAACCUACACCGUAAACGCCGGCGACACCGUCGGCUUCACAGCCGCAACCUCCAUCUCGCACCCAGGAACCCUCCAAUUCUACCUCGCCAAAGUGCCGUCUGGUAAAACCGCCGCCACUUGGGACGGCUCGGGUACCGAAUGGUUCAAAAUCUACAGCCAAGGCCCCUCCUUCUCCGGCGGCCAGCUCACGUGGCCAUCAAACGGUAAAACAGAAGUCGACGUCACGUUGCCGAAAUCGCUGCCCAGCGGCGAGUACUUGCUCCGCGGUGAACACAUCGCGCUGCAUUCUGCGGGUUCCGCCGGCGGCGCGCAGUUUUACCUUAGUUGUGCGCAGUUGAAGGUUGAGAAUGGCGGGAACGGUAGUCCCGGGCCGAAGGUGGCUUUUCCGGGCGCGUAUAAGGCGACGGAUCCGGGCAUUAUGAUUAACAUUUACUACCCGGUUCCUACUAGUUAUACGGCGCCUGGGCCGGCGGUUUGGAGUGGGUAG